AUGUCGCUGUUUCGUUUCAAAUAUUGUAUUUUUCUCCUUGUGAUCUUUGGAUGUGUAGCCGUAUGGUUUUCACACGUUUUGAUCAGCGUUCGUUAUUCCCGCCGGAAAGGUAAGUACAUGAUGAUUAGCUUGUGUGUGUAAGUGUUUUGUUUUUUGCUGAUCUAAUAUAUAUAUUAAAGUAUACCAUUUGUUACCUCACAGAAAUCGCGCCAGAAGCCCUACCCGGUAUGGUUUUCGUGGAGUUCGCGCAAAAGCUAUCCUGCAUAGUAUGAACAAAGCGUAGUUCCUUCGAUGCUUCGUGUGCACUACUAAAAAGGUGACAAAUUUUAGAAAACCGCUUUACUUGGGAACAGAUAUAUAGGGCUUUUAUCAUGUUUGUUAUGGAAGCUCACGAGAAAAUAUCUUUACUGACGCGAUCUGACAGAAAAAGUGUUUCAUCUUGAAGUUUAACUAGGCUUAAACUUAAAUGAUUGACAAAGAAAUUAAACUGUGCAUUUUUCUCCGAUAACGACAAGCAAAAAUUUUAAAUUUAUGAUGUUUUGGGUGGUCGUUGCAACAUUUUGGUAAAAUUACAUAUAAGUCUCUUGAGUAAACUCUCAAAGGCGGAAUAAUUUCAUGGUGUUAUAUUUGCACAAGGAUCUCCUAACUUCGGGAGGUUAUCAAAAUUUAAUUUAUUUCAAAAAUUGACAGGCAGGUUGUAUAUGAUGACUUUAACAUUUUUCAAGACCAGCUUUUUGAAUAAUCCACCGUGUGUUAAAAAAAAGCUUUUGAACGCCGUUGCAUUAGGACUGAACGUUCAUUUACCUCCGGUGUAAGUAUGGUAAAUUGACAUUACCAGCAAAGGACCGCCAACGAAUAGGCGAAGAAAGUAGGAUCUACAGAAGACCUGAUCUGCAAAAAGGUACAAAGUAGACACAUUGAAUUCUGCAAAGCUGAUCGUAUACUACGUGAAAAUUAACUUUGCCAGGCAUAAACACGACCGUGACACCGAAAAUGAAGGAAAAGUUGGCUCGUCCAGGAAAAAUCGGGUAGUGGAGGGACCCUCGGCUUCUACCCGAGACAAGUUUUCUCCAUACGAACGGGGCUUUAGGGCUGGUUUUACGCGAACGACAAAUUGACUCAGGAAAACUAAUUAUAAACCGGUGCGACUGAAUCAUAAGUGCUCUUUGAUAAAGCUAACAUCUGCCCGGUUUACACGUGUAAUGCAGCGGCACAAGGCACCAGCACAAGAAAAUAGACAUGAUUUACAUUUUUCGUGCUUUGUACUUGCGUAGUACGUGUGAACUAGACUUGUUGAAGGGGACCUGAUGGUAACUGAUUGAACGGGGAAAGGGUAUUAGGUAACGAACGCGGGGACGGGAAAAUGAAAAAUAGAAAUCAUAACCUAACUUAGCUUAACUUAAUAGUUAAAACCUAGCCUUAUCCGUAACAUGAUUUUCCCCUUUGUCUGUUUUGUUCCAAAAUAUAAAAAUCCAGCAAGUCCACAGCGACAAACCAAUGAGUGGUGCCGGAUCUCCCAGCUGUAGACUUGGAUCAGUAUUAUAACAGCUUGAAGAAAAUCAUGAAACGGCAAACUGAUCAUCACGGCAAAAGGCGAUGAAGAAGUAAAAAAGAAAAAAAAUAUAUAUAUAUAUAUAUAUAUUUAAACAAAAUGUAUAUUUUUUCAUUUUAUUCUUUUGUUUACUUCUUCAUCCCCUUGUCGUAAGGAUCAGUUUGCCGUUUCAUGAUUUUCUGUUUCGUUCCUAUUUUUCCCUUUUCCGUUACUUGCUCUCGUUUCUCGUUUCUCGUUUCUCGUUCCCUGUUUUACAAACAUCCAUAGUCACAAACGGUUUCUUGUGGGUUGAAAGAGGGCCUCUACAUUUCCUGUAGUUCCAGUGCCAAUUAAACCUGAUGUGCCAUUUUUCCAAUGUCAACUCCAGUUUUGUGCGUAAUGACAUUAUUUUUCGCUAUGUUGUUAAAAAAUGCCUUGUAGCUACAGUUAGGAAAGAUUUACCUGAGAGAAGAAAGCCGUUAUACAUUUACUGAGUUAGACAAAAAUACAGCCCUUUCCCCGCUCCCCUUAAAAUGUCCAAUCGUCGAUUGCGCAGGAUUACUAAUCUUAGGGCGCUGACGAACUGACCGGUUGGACCACACUGUAUUUGAAAAACAAAUAUUAAAAAGGCUUUUAGUUCUUGCUGGAUAUUCCUGAUAAAUAGUGCAAAUUUCAGUUCAAACACUAAAACUGGCGGCCAGUUCUAACGAAUGUAAGUCCCCUUAGUUUUUAUCCAUAGUUGUCGGCGCGUUUGAUUGACUGUAUUCCGGAAUAUGAAUAAAUCGAAUAAUCCAUGGAAAUUAUUUGUUUUCGCAUUGAUUGAAUUGCGAUUAACUGUAUUCAAAAAUCGACCAAUGUGAGGAAAAUUGACUUUUGUGGUACAAGUUCAAAAUUCGAUGUCGCUCAUUUUUUGCUCCUCGAUAACCCUUAAUGAGUCAUGAAACAGGCUGUAGAAAGUUUUUCUAAAUUGGUUAUUUGCACAUCUCCCAUUAAUAAUACCUUGUUUGCCGCUCAACAUUUUGCAAAGCUUUUUUUUUCUUUUUUUUUUCUCCUGGGUAUUUCAGACGUAAAAAAAACUAAAUACAAUGUUUAUGAAAUUUUUGGGCGGUAAACAAGGGGUAUUAUGGGAGAUGUGCAAAUGGCAAAUGACGUGUUCUCUCGUUAAAAUUUGAGAAAACUCGUUAUAACGGUUCGGAGCUUUUUCUCACAUUUCAUCGAGUCGUGCGUCAAACUACAACGAUUUGGCAGUCUUUGAACGACACAUACAGCUUUUCCGACUUUUUUUCCUUAUAAAAUGAUAGAUUUGUCUUCUCUUUUUCCAAUGUGGCGGCAGAAAAUUGGAAAACGAGAAGACCCUGCUGGGGACGAGGUUAAAAAUCAUAAGAAUAAAGUAAUGCAAAUUUAAACCAUGCGCUAUAACUUAGAAUUUGCAAAUUGACUUUCUAUGGAUUAAUUGGAGACCAAUCUAUCAGAAAAUCAAAAGGAAUUUCUAGGAAAACUGGAACGAUUUUAAAUCCAGUGGUGUGUAAGAUCCCGAAUUCAACCCUAACUUUGCCAAAAAUCGCGACAUCCACAGCUAACCUUACACUCUUUGAUUUACAUCCACAGAUUCAACAUUGUUAAGCCAAAGACUAGCUGAACGAAGGCAUAUUCUCCGACAUCAGUGUGCAAAGAAACCACCAGAUCCAAACUUUUUAGAAAAUGCUGAUUUUACUCGUUUCAUCGUUAUUGAAGAUCUAAAGCUUGUGUUCUGCUUCAUCCCCAAAAUUUCCUGCACGACUUGGAAACGAGUUCUGUAUGAGGCCAAAAACAACGGCACUAAACUUCGUGGAAAUCCGCAUGAUAAAAAGCAUUUUUCAAGGCUUGAUGAUUAUUUGCCAGCAGAAAGAAAAGCAAUUCUUGACACCUAUUUCAAGGCCAUGUUCGUUCGAGAGCCUUUCGCCCGUUUGCUGUCAGCCUUCAGGAACAAGGUAGAGGCAAGAACAAUUUUUGAUGCUAGGCUUCAAACUUUUGCCACAAACGCGACAUCAAAGGAAAUGGAAAAGAAAAAGUUCCUUCAUUUUGUUAGAUAUAUCCUUUCUUUCAAUCAUUCAUUGCCAACAAUGAACCAACACUGGCGCUCCUACGAGCAGAUCUGUCCUUGUGAAGUGGACUAUGAUUUUAUUGGACAUUUCGAGAACUUAGGAGAGGAAGCGCCUCAUUUGUUAAGAACGAUAGGUGUGGAUCACUAUGUAACUUUUCCUGAUUACCACCCGUCUCGCUCUAAGCCUUAUCUUUUAGAAUACUUCUCCCAGCUAAGCAAAGAGGAAAUAUUCAAACUUGGAAAGUUUUACGAGCUUGAUUUUAAGCUUUUUGGCUAUGAUUUCCCUGGUCCAGUCAAGGAAUUUGUGGACAAGAAUGACUGA